GGUAUAUGACGUCACGUCGCUAGACUGCAGCACGCUCUCGGCUGACUUUCUGCAGGAAGCGCCGAAUACAGGUGUUUUUAAAGCGGCGGACCGGCGGUAAAUCCAUUUAAUAAAGAAUGGGUCCUUCUCUUUUGAGCCGUGGUGUAUGUAGCUCCUGCUUAAGGGUAAGGCUGCACAUGCUUACGUUGCCUAAGAAAUGGAAGCUGACAACACACUUGGGAGCUUUAAGAAACAUUUAUAGUGAGACAGGAAAAUGGGAGAAAGAGUAUGGACUGGAGACGAGAAAAAAGGUGGAAAAUUGGUGGCGUCUCAAAAUAAAGGAUCGAUUCACUACCAUCAGUGAAGUCGAUACAUCAAAGCCAAAGUUUUAUGUGUUAUCCAUGUUCCCAUACCCCUCAGGAAAACUCCACAUGGGUCAUGUCCGGGUGUACACAAUAAGUGAUACAGUAGCCAGAUUCCAGAAGAUGAGAGGCAUGCAGGUUAUUAAUCCAAUGGGGUGGGAUUCAUUUGGACUCCCUGCGGAAAAUGCUGCAAUUGAACAUGGAUCAAAGCCGCAUAUCUGGACAGACAGUAAUAUCAAGCAUAUGAGGGAGCAACUUGAAAGAAUAGGCCUCUGCUUUAACUGGGACAGGGAAAUCACAACGUGUUCUGAAGAUUAUUAUAAAUGGACUCAGUACCUCUUUGUUAAGAUGUAUGAAGCAGGACUUGCCUAUCAGAAAGAGGCUAUGGUUAACUGGGAUCCAGUAGACCACACAGUGCUUGCGAAUGAGCAAGUGGAUGAAAAUGGAUGUUCAUGGCGCUCUGGGGCCAAAGUUGAACAAAAAUACCUAAAGCAGUGGUUUCUCAAAACAACAGUGUUUGCAAAGGCUAUGAGUGAUGCAUUGGCUGAUCUUCCAGAGUGGUAUGGUGUGAAAAGCAUGCAAGCCAACUGGAUUGGGGACUGCAAAGGUUGCUUUUUUGACUACAUGUUAAAGGUGGAUGAUGUGGAAACGGGAGAGAAGAUUUCAGCAUAUGCCUUUAAUCCUGAGGCUAUUUAUGGAGCAUCACAUAUAGCAAUUUUACCAAACCAUAGACUUCUUCAUGGGAACAGCAGCCUAAAAGAACAGCUGCAAGAAGCAUUCACGGCUGGCACAGAUUGCCUUACCCGCGUGUCUGCUGUAAAUCUAUUUACUAAGCAAGAGAUUCCUGUUGUUAUUUCUGCAAAAUCUGAGUUUGAGGGCUAUCUAGACACUAGAAUCGGUAUCCCUAGCACCAGUCUGGAGGAUGCAGCUAUAGCUGAUAAAUUGGGACUGUCCUAUAUCAGGGUUACUGAACGAACCAAUGAUGAUACAGAGAAGAUUAUAAACUCAGGAAAGUUCACUGGUCUGACCAGACAAGAGGCGUUUAUUGCUAUCACCCAGGAGGCACAAAAUGAUGGAGUGGGAGGACAUUUAACUAGUGACAAACUAAGGGACUGGCUGAUAUCAAGACAACGCUAUUGGGGCACUCCAAUCCCCAUUAUUCAUUGUCCAUCUUGUGGAACUGUGCCCGUGCCUUAUGAUGACUUACCAGUGGUUUUGCCCAAUGUAGCUUCAUUGACAAGGAAGGGAACGUCGCCAUUAGCUAGUGUCUCUGAAUGGCUAAAUUGCAAGUGUCCCAGGUGUGCAGGAGCAGCUGUAAGAGAAACCGACACAAUGGAUACGUUUGUUGAUUCUGCUUGGUACUACUUGAGAUAUACUGACCCCCAUAACACAGAAAGGCCUUUUAGUAAGCCCUUGGCCGACUUCUGGAUGCCGGUAGAUUUGUACAUUGGAGGGAAGGAGCACGCUGUAAUGCAUUUGUAUUACGCCCGUUUCUUUAACCACUUCUGCAGUUCCCAGGAUAUGGUGAAACACAGGGAACCUUUUCAGAAGCUCUUGGUUCAGGGUCUUAUCAAAGGACAGACAUUUAAACUUGCAUCAACUGGAAGGUAUCUAAAGAAACAUGAAGUUGAUAUUAGUGGUUCUGAGCCACGGCACACUGAGACAGGUGAAAAGCUCCAAAUUACAUGGGAGAAAAUGAGCAAAUCCAAGCACAAUGGAGUUGACCCAGAAGAAAUGGUGGAACUAUACGGAAUUGACACCACCAGACUCUAUCUUCUCUUUGCUGCUCCGCCAGAACAAGACAUUUUAUGGGAUGUGAAGACUGAUGCCAUACCUGGGGUAAGAAGAUGGCAAUCUCGGCUGUGGUCCCUAACCGCAAAAUUUAUUGAAGCCCGGAACUCUUUAACGGUGCCAAACCCUACGCUGCUUACUAAGAAAGAAGCCAAAGAGGCCUGGAAAAUAUGGGAAAACAGAAAUCUUGCUGUAUCUGAGGUUACCAGCCACUUCUCUGAGGAUUACUUGUUCAACGCAGCUAUUUCCCAGCUAAUGAGUCUCAGCAACACACUGUCGCAAUCAAGCUCACGGGUUAUUCAGCACAGCUCUGAGUAUGAAGAUGCCUUAGCAAGUCUCUGUAUUAUGAUUGCUCCCAUGGCCCCACACCUUGCAUCAGAGUUAUGGAAUGGCAUAGCCCAUGUGCAGCAUAAGCUGUGUACACAGUACAACUGGGACGCAGACGUCCUUCUUCAGAAAUGGCCAUCAGUUGACCCAGAAUACUUUCGCCAACCAGACACUGUGGAGGUAUCCGUACUGGUAAACAAUAAAUCCUGCGGUAGGGUUGGUGUGCCCUUUGGUGACUCUCGGGAUUUGGAGAAGGUGCAAGAUCUAGUGCUUCAGAGUUCCCUGGGAGCGACACACCUACAUGGACGCAACAUAAAAAAAGUUUUCCUCUCUCCAAGGACAGCCCUCAUCAAUUUCCUUGUAGAAGAGUAAAAACCGAGAACAAGCAGAGCUGUAGACAUAUCGAUUCACCUAUAUCCAGAUACUGAACACUUUGCUGCAGCACACAAGCCGUUUAAGUGGAUGGAAUAUUACAUCUGACCUGGAAAUCCUGUAGCUGAUGUUAUAUGUCUGAAAGAACCAACUUGUACACUAUCUAGUGAAUUUAAUACGGCCUAUAUGCAUUUGUGGUUUGUUCUGACCAAUUGUUUUGCAAUCCAAAGAGAACAGCCACAAAGUAAAUCCAAGCCAGAGGACAGGUAUUGAUAUAUCAAAAGUUUCAAAAUGUAUUUCUUGUGACAUGUAGACAGUCAUGUUCAGACCAAGCCUAUGAAAUAAAUGUAUUUUCAUAAGUAUAUUUCUUACUUGCAUUAGUAUGCGUAUGUGCUGGAUACAUAUAUUAGGAUUUAAUCAUUAACUUUGGUUAACUUUGUGGUUGUAUUUGAAAUGAAGUGUGUUAUAUAUUGUUAAAACAGUGAGAUCUCUUCAUGUAUCUGUGUAAUAUGCAGGACUAACUCAGCCUGCCUCCCAAGAAACUAUCUACAGUUAGCCUUUUUAUACUUUGUAGUAAGGUUGGACAAUGGAAAUGUGAACAAAUUCCUUUGUGUGUCUCCUUUUUAAUAGAACAUUUAAGAUGGACUAUUGGGUUUUGGUUUCUAUUCAGUGUAUGUAUAAUGUAAAAUAAGUUACUUUCAGUGAAUCACUUUAUGUAUGUCUCCUUAAAUGUAUUACUUGCGCUAUUAUUUGUUAAGAUUAUUUAUGUAAAAUACACUCAUUUUACAGGA